AUGGCCUCCGUUGCUCGCUCCAUCCGCCCCUUCGCCUCCCAGGCCCUGGCCCAGAAGCCUCUUGCUUCUGCCUGCCGCGCUGCGCCUGCUUUCCGCUUCCCGCGGGGAACCCGGAGCUUCUCCCAGAGCCCACUUGCUCAGGUGAAGAAGUACACCGAGUCCCACGAAUGGAUCGAGCUCGUUGACGGCAGCAACACUGCCAAGAUCGGUAUCACCAAGUACGCCGCCCACUCUCUGGGUGACGUCGUCUUCGUUGAGCUUCCCGAGGCCGACCUCGAGGUUGGCGCCGGUGAGCCUGUCGGUGCCGUCGAGUCCGUCAAGUCUGCCUCCGACGUGCUCUCCCCCGUUGCUGGCAAGGUCAUCCGUGGUAACGCCAUUCUCGAGGACAACGCCAAGACCAUCAACGCCAGCCCCGAGGAGGAGGGCUGGAUCGCCGAGAUCGAGGUCGCUGACACUGCUGCGCUCGAUGCUCUGCUGGACGAGGCUGCCUACAACGAGACCCUUGACCACUAA